AUGGCAGACCCUCUUUCCCGAAGGACAGACCCGCUCUAUCAAAAAGAUGGCCAAAGAUACAACCAUACCUCACCCAUAACCUCAAUCCAUCCACUAUCAUCUCUGUCUCCAGAAACCCAAUCGCUCUUUAAGCCACCACCAGAAACAGAACCCUACGUCCUAACGACGCCUUCAACCAUAUUUCACGCUCAGGGCGGCGGCCAACCCUCGGAUACUGGAACCAUUUCCGCAGGAUCCACAACAUUCCACGUGCAUCAAGUGCGAAAGGUAGAUCCUACGAUAUUGCAUAUGGGUGUCUUCUCUUCUCCUUCAGAAAAGCAGUUUGAGGGAAAAGUCGACGCUGAACAAAACAUUGAUGUUGAAAAACGUCGUCUGCAUUCCCGUAUCCACACGGCAGGCCACGUAAUCGGUCUCGCAGCUGCCCACCUCAGGGCUGCCGGUUCAAUAGCUCCGGACGUGGUUGAUGGAAAAGCAUCCCAUUACCCUGGUGCAGCCUUUGUAGAGUUCUUGGGUCUCAUUCCAAGCGACAAAAAGGCUGAGAUACAGGCUCGAGUCGACGAGAUGGUGGCUGCAGACAUGGACGUCAAGAUUCACUUUUGGGACGAAGAAAAGGCGAAGAAAGAGUGUACAGGGGUCAUGGAGACUCUGAAAGGGGAUGAAGAGGAUGGGGUCAGGGUCGUGGAGAUAGGAAGCGAAGGAAGUUAUCCUUGUGGGGGUACGCACGUGCAGAAGCUGAAAGAGUGUGGGAAAAUCGUGGUGAGGAAUAUCAAGAGACAGAAGGGUGUCACCAAGGUGAGCUAUGAGGUGCAAGAAGCUUGA